AUGAGGGUGGCCGCCGACGACGACAGCAUCACGGCCACGGUGGUGUCCGUGCUGCUCACGGUUGCGUUCGUCGGCCUCUCCCUCCUCACCCUCGGGGUGAUCUACCUGUCGGUGCAGGACUUCUUGCAGAAGAGGGAAAAGGAGAAGUUUGAGAAGGAGGAGGCUGAGAGGCAGAAAGAGGAGGCGAGGAAGAAGAGGGCUAUGUCCAGGCAGAAGAGAAGAAAUUAUUGA